CACCGAAGCAGAAGCACAGGGGGGGUUAAUGGUCACUCAUUGAUUGCAGCAAUCGCGGACCGUCAGUUCCCAUCCCUCCGUCGCAUCCCACUUCUCAGCCUCGCAUGGCCGGUUAAAAACAACGUUGGAGAUCUGGCCAUACCGGACUUCUCUUCCUACAUACCACCUCUUGCUGUACGGAGUACAAUAUCCGUUUGUCCACCGUUAAACACCCCAAUUGAAUCUACUUGUCCCCAAGCUCUCCUGAAUCCCUCUUGUAAACCCCCCCCGAUGGCCUCCCCCGAACCCGCAGUCCGGCGGCGCAAGCCCGAGGCCAAAGACUCCUCUGCCUCAGAAACCGAACAACAGCUCCCCCUCAAACGAGUUCAGACGCUCUCCUCCUCAGAAUCAGAAUCCACCAGCAAGAAAACAUCCCAACCCGUAAAGAAGCCAAAGUCCAAAAAGAAAAAGUCCAAAGAUGAUGUCGACGAGUACGACACCGCCAAUAUCGCUCUCGACGCCCUCCGUGUCAUCUCUUUCCUCUUCCUCGCCUCCUGCGGGUUGAGCUACCUCGUCUCCAACGGCGAGACCUUCUUCUGGGGCAUGUCCAACCCCCCAAAGUAUCUAACCAAAGCCUACUACAAGGAGCUCUUCCAAGGACCGAUCUACCUCACCCCAGCUGAGCUCUCCCUCUACGACGGCACCAACCCCGACCUCCCCAUCUACCUAGCAAUCAACUGGACAAUCUAUGACGUCUCCUCCAACCGCCGCACCUACGGCCCCGGCGGCUCCUACCAUUACUUUGCCGGCUGCGACGCCGCCCGCGCCUACGUCACGGGUUGCUUUGCCGAAGACCGCUCCCCCGACAUGAGGGGGGUGGAAGAGAUGUACCUCCCCCUGGACGACCCAGCCGUAGACAAGCACUUCUCCCGCGCGGAGCUCAAGGAGAUGAAAAAGAAGGAGAGGGAGGAGGCGUUGAAAAAGGUGCACGACGGGCUGAAGCACUGGGUUGAUUUUUUCGCAAAGAGCGACAAGUACAGAAAGGUCGGCUAUGUCAAGAUGCCCAAGGGGUGGCCGGGGACGGAGCCGAGGAGGCCGUUGUGUGAGGCGGCGGCGAAGGGGAGGAAGGUGAGGAAAAUUCCGGGGCAGAAGGAUGAAUAAGGUUAUUAGCUAUAUAGGUAUAGUCAAGAAGCGAGUUUUGUUUUUCCGGGCUUUUUUGGGGAAGGGAACAUUAUGGAUGUAUCAUAUACGUGGACUUUUCUGUCUAGUCAAAUUGUCAUACAAAACUUCAAGCCAUAUUACGUUGCAU